UCCUGCUGCUCAGAGCUGGCGUCCCAAGCCAACUCCUAACCAAUGCACCACUCUGGUGGCCCUGCAAUUUCUUUUGUACAAGGAGAGAAGUUAAGGCAGGUUACAUGAAGGUAGAAGAAAAGAAGAUACAUAGGAUAGUUAACAGGAUUAUAUGCUCCCUUGAGGGUGCUUAUGCCUUCAAGGGUUCUGGAAAAGAUGAUUACUUCUGGUGUUUCAAAGGUUUGCUGAAAAUAAAACCAGGACUCCUAAACUGCUCCAGCCAGCCUACUUCUACAGGACCCUGUCUGUCAGCCUGUACAGCACCUCGGCUGAGCGAGCAGCAUCUGGCGUCCGGCAUGUACCAGGUGGUUGCCUUCUUAGCAAUAGUCAUGGGAACCCACACCCUAAGUCUGCGGCAUCAGAAGGACUGCACCCACUGGCCCAACUGCUGCUCCAGCAAAGUCCAGGACCCCACGGAGGAGUGGCUGAAGUGGAAUACUGUGUUCAUGCCUCCCCCAGAGACCACUAGCUUCACCCAUCACCCAGAGUCCUGCAAGGCCAGCGAAGAUGGACCCCUCAACAGCAGGUCCAUCUCCCCCUGGAGAUAUGAGUUGGACAGGGACUUGAACCGGCUCCCCCAGGACCUGUACCACGCCCGUUGCCUGUGUCCACACUGCGUCAGCCUACAGACAGGCUCCCACAUGGACCCCCUGGGCAAUUCGGAGCUACUCUACCACAACCAGACUGUCUUCUACCGGCGACCGUGCCCGGGAGAACAGGGCACCGAAGGUGGCUACUGCCUGGAACGCAGGCUCUACCGCGUCUCCUUGGCUUGUGUGUGUGUGCGGCCCCGAGUGAUGGCCUAGUCAUGCCACCCAUGGCUCGUCCCCUGUCAGAACACUGGAACUGGGUGUACAACUAACUACCUGCCACAGUGAGCCAGGACGCCCGAGUGCUCAGCUCCUCCAAAGCAGCACCUGGAGCAGCAGGAUUGUGGGACAGGAUGGGGACUUUUGGGGAACUGCACUUUGCACUUUUUGGAGUGGAUGGAAAAUUCAGGGUGAAGUGAAGGGAGCAGCAGCUGCUUGUGGCUGAUGGAAGCUGGUGUCCUGGCAUUUCCUCUCAGAAAGCUCUUCAAAGCUCUGCGCAUUGCUGGAGACCACCACUCUGCCUCUUCCUUUCCUUCCAGCCCCAGCUGCCCUGGUACAGCAUAGGCACUUUCUUGAUAUUUUACCCCUUGCCAACAGAGCCCCUCAUUCCAUUUAUUUGUUUGUUCGUUUGUUCGUUCAUUCAUUCAUUCACGCAUUCAUCAAACACUCAGUGAGCGUCUGUUUUGCAUACACCCUGGUGUAGUUACUAGUCUUCUGACACGGGUGAC